UUUUUGAUCAGAAAGAUGUUGCUGUUCCAAUCGUUUACUUUCUUGGUAAUAUUCAGCUCAGUAUUCGGCACCGUAUUUGGAUCUAAUCAUCAUGAUAUACCACAAGGUUUAAAUGAGAUCGAAAAAAAUGAAUUUAAUCGAUGCAUUAGGGAGAAAGGAAAAAAUGGUCCCGAUCGUGAAGGGGCUUGCAAAAUUCAAUGUCACUUGCAAGCAAUAGGUGCGAUCGGCACUGGUAAGAUCGAUGUGAAAAAUAUUUGGUAUAGGGCUUGGAGUGAUAAGGGGAAUGCCACUGAGAUACCUCAAAAAACUUUACAAGCUUUAGAGGCCAAUUGUUCCUCCCUUAAGGCCACAGGAAGGUGCGAGCUAGGCAUCAAGAUAUCAGAUUGUUUUGGUAAAAUUGAUAAAUUGAUGGACACUUAAUUGAUAUUAUCCUUAGAAUAAAUCAAA